AUAGCCGCGAAGCACUGCUUUUGUUCAAUACAAAUUGUAUACCGAGGCGAUUUUUUUUUAAAUAUCCUACGGGACUAUUAUCGUCAGACAAAAUACAAACCGGAUCUUUUGACAAACCCGUCUUUAAAGAUAGAAGCAAACAUAAGUAAUUUUUUUUGUAUUAUUUUACGGUUAAACAGGACUUUAGUGUAAUUUUUUAGUGUUGUGUUUGUGUUAUUUACGUGAAAUGUUUGCUGAGUUUAAUAAUUCGGGUAAGUGAGGUGAUACGGUUUGGAAACUGUGGUGGUGUGGUUAAAACGAUGGCAUGGUUUAAUUCGUAGCUAAAGCGCAUGCAAAAACAAACUCAAAAUUCCAAAUGUAGCGGGAAUGCAGACGAUAAGGCUGGAGGUAAUUCGCAGUACAGUGCUAUGGCUAAUGGACCAAAGACAUUGCGCGCCUAAAAACAAAAUGACAUAAAAACUCUCCCGCCAAAGUGAUGUGUAAGUGUACGGACCUCGAACGAACGUAAUGAACGGUUCAGGAACAUGGUGACACUGAUGCCCUGUGGGUACCUCGGCGGCGCCUCACCGCGCUGCAAUCUGGAUCACGAGCCUAAGGCAAAGCGAUCCCGGCCGGACGCGGGCACUGAUGUGCGGUUAUCAGGCGAAGUCAACACAAGUCCGUGCGAAUCGGAAUCAACGUCUGACUCUCCGCCUUCAUUGCUGCAGGAUGCCACAUUGCCAGCUCUUUUAGUAUCAGGGGCUACAACCUUGUUUCAAAAUACAAAUACUUCCACGAAUUCUGCGUUAAGUCUGACGCCUGUAGACAAUCUAGGCUUACCCAGCUCAGAAGUAGAAAGCUGCAGUUUAUCAAACGGAUGCGUGACGAGCUCUUCCCUAGCCGGCCUGGCUUUACCCCUGACGUCGACUGGUGGAUUGUGCUCUACAACAUCAUCGUCAGCAGUUGCUUGGUUGAUGAAUGAGGAUAGCACGGGAGGUGGUGUUAAGAGUGAAGUGCGGAGCCCGGGGCUUUGCGAAGCAGACGUGGCGUUAUACGGUGAAACGUUGCCUUACGACCAGUCCACACUGCCCUACCAGUAUUAUAAUAGUAUGCAACAGUAUGGAGGCGGCGGCACGGCAUCAUCGUACGUCAGCUCGACUCUGUAUAACCAACCCUACGCCGCGUACCCGCCAGCGCACAACUCUAAUAACAGGUCGUCGUGCAAAGCGACGCCGACGUAUCUUAGCUAUGGUGUAGGCAGCAUGGGUACCGUGCCAGGCAAUUUCGCCACGCAACCUUCACCAUACGCCUACCCUUCGUACAACGGUGGAUUGACGCAAUCCUUCCCAAACAGUCAACAGGACUACAGUAGUUACGCGACCGGUUACGCGGACCAUAGUGUAGCACAAUAUGGCGGUUACUACGCCACCCCUAGUUACUCGCCCUAUGUAAGCUCACCCAGUAGCAGUGGAAGUGCUGGCCAUACUUCAUACCAUCUAGGAGGCACGUUAUCAGAGUCUCCCUCGUCAAUGUUGCCAACUUUACCUGACACUCCCCUAUCCCCAAUCAAAAAUGAAGUACAUGCUGCUAGUCGGAGAUGUAGAGAAAAUUCUGGGGAAAGCACAGCAAGCCGGUCGCGAGGGCGCGGUCGACGCAACACAUCUUCGUCACCGGCACAACAUGUUCCCGAACCAGCGACAGACAGAGUAUUUAUAUGGGAUCUAGAUGAAACUAUCAUCAUCUUCCAUACACUGCUUACGGGCACAUAUGCAACUAAAUAUAAUAAGGAUACACAGCAAAUAGUGCAAUUAGGUUUUAGAAUGGAGGAACUAAUAUACAGUUUAUGUGAUAUGCAUUUCUUCUUCAAUGAUGUUGAGGAUUGUGACCAGGAGCACAUAGACGCAGUAGCAGCAGAUGACAACGGCCAAGACCUUUCCGCGUACAACUUCGCCUCAGAUGGCUUCCACGCAGGCGCCGCGCCUAACACCGGCCUCUGCGCGCCUGGUGUCCGCGGCGGAGUUGACUGGAUGAGGAAACUAGCUUUUAGAUACAGAAAAAUUAAGGAUACCUACAAUAAUUAUAGAAAUAGUGUCGGAGGUCUAUUGGGGCCAGCAAAAAGAGAGCAGUGGUUACAAUUGCGGGCAGAGCUGGAACAGGCAACGGACAACUGGCUGACUCUGGCUUGCAAAUGUCUCAACAUGAUCAACUCAAGGGAAAACUGCGUGAAUGUGCUAGUAACGAACACUCAGCUAGUGCCGGCGCUCGCCAAAGUGCUGCUGUUUGGCCUCGGCGGAGUGUUUCCUAUUGAAAACAUCUAUUCCGCUACAAAAACAGGUAAAGAAACGUGUUUUGAAAAGAUCAAGCAACGGUUCGGCGAUCGGUGUACAUACGUAGCGAUCGGCGACGGGCCGGACGAAGAGGAUGCGGCUAAGAAGAAAAACUACCCCUUCUGGAGGAUAUCCGGGCAUUCGGACAUCGCCGCGCUAUACAACGCGCUAGACAUGGGCUUCUUAUGAUUUGCUGCUACUUUCAUACUUUGGUUCUCCUUGUAUUGAAAUUGUAGAAAAAAAUUACAGGUAGUAAACACCUCCUUUUUGAAAAACUGAAGCUUGAACUAGUAGGAAACGUCAGUACAUAUGUAAAAUAAUUGAAAAUCAUAAAGGUGUGUUUACACAUUUUCUAAAAAGGACAAGUUGGAACGCGAGUUACCCUGUUCAUACAUUCGUCUUGCAUCCAUGCAAUGUCGUGCGACAUGUCUUUGACGUUAACGGCGAGCGGUGUCACGUUUCGACGGCGAAUGUGUAAAUGCAGUGUAACAGAAAACCGUAACCUGAAUUACGCAUUUUAUUUUUUAUUAUAAAAAUUAAUAUUUAUUUAGUUAUCAACUGAAAUAUUUUUUUAGAGAUCAAUAAAAAGUUCUUAUGAAAAUAUUCUACGAAAUAUUUAUCGAACUUGAAAACUUAUACCUAUGCGACGCGAUGAUUUUGGUAUUACUUCUGUCUGUAACUUGACCAUAAAUGCGGGUCAAACUAUACUGGUAUUUCUAAAUGCGAAUUUUUAUUUCAAUCACGAUAAAAUCAUAUCAGUAAUGGCAUAGUCAUAGGGAGCUUUAUUAAGUACAGUUUUGUAUUCGUAAUGUUAAGUUUUUGAGCUUUCAGAUGUCUCUGUGUCGAGAACUUAUGAUUUAGUGCUAAGCUCAAACUCAGCUCAAAACUUACGAAGGCGAACGUUUCUAGAUCUUUUUUUGUAAAUAUUUAUUCGAUCAUAGUAAAUAAAAAAUACGUUAGGAUUAUCCUAAUUCCAUUCCUACUACGUAAGUUUUUAUAUAUUCUAUACAAUGUACAGAUUAUGUUUAUUUUUAGUAAAGAAAAAUUAACAUGGGAAAGACAAGAAAAGUUUGCCCUUGUGACGUUAACUGGUGAAAUUGAUCUAAUCAAUUUGAACCUUAAAACAGUAAUAUUUUGAAUAUUUUCAUUUCGGCGUAAAACUUAUAAAUACUAUCGUAACAAAUGUGUUUGUGUUUUAUGGUUUUUAUACUGCGCAAUUUAGCAUUCUAAACACAGAUCAGGUAUAUUUCUCGUUUGUUGAAAUCACUGAUUUAAAUGAAUUAGACGCCCCAACCGAAUAAAAGCGUAAUCGUAAAAAUAUCACAAAAAACUUAAAAGUAAGAUACCUCCUUUGGUAAUUACAGCUGGCUAAAGUUAUAUAUGUAGUUAUGUAUACAUAAACUUUAUUGCUUUAUUUAUUAACAAAUUUAUAAAAAUAAUGUGUAUACCAACUAAUUGUACGGUUUUUUGAACUCCUGGUUUUACUUUUUCCGAUUACGCCGUUAUUCGGUGAGGGUGGUAAUUUAUGUACUAUUGACGCGUGCGUUAAAUGCCAUCGGGGCUUAUGUUUAUUAUUAUAUGUAUUAUAACCAAAAACUAAACGUUUGUUAUCUCAUUGUGAAUAUAAUAUAAUUUAUCAAUAAAUAACGUGUCUUUAUUUUCUAACUAAGUCACAUUAACACCACUAUAAACAUGGCAUUUAUCGCGGGCGCUUGUAAAAUGUAUUAUUUUGGUAAGUAACUAGCGACUCAAUAUUUUCGUACAAUUAUAGAAUAACCUCUCAUAUUAAAAAAAGUUCCAUUUUGUAUCAAUGCUUAAGUUGAUUUUAUAUUAAUUUAAAUUUAGCUAAAUAUUUACUGCCAAAUAGCUGACAAUAUACUGCAAUAUUUUUAGAUAAAACGUUAUUCUACGCUAAAACACUAUUAUUAGGUAAUGCUUUUUGAUAUUUUUUAAUAUUUAUGUCAGGCGUAAAAUGAAACUCAGUUAUAAGAAACCUUUGUAUAGUGUGGUAUAUCUUCUU